AUGCUCUCGUCUUUCACCCUUCUGUUGCUCAAUGCCUUGAUUGCACUUGUAUCGGCAGGCUCCGACUACAGUGAGCGUCUCCUCCUUCGGCCCCUGCCGCAGAACACCCUUCUGGCCUCUUUCAACUUCCGCAGCAACGAAAGCGUGGCUGCCUUUGAAGCACAAAACUUCCGUUAUUUCCCGCGCUCCUUUGGCCAGAUCCUGCAACAUGCGCAUGCCAAGGAAUUGCACCUGAGAUUCAGCGUUGGAAGAUGGGAUGCCGACAAUUGGGGACAGCGGCCAUGGAACGGGGCGCGAGAAGGAGGCACCGGCGUCGAGCUGUGGGCGUGGGUCGAGGCUGCGACUGAGGAGGAAGCAUUUGCCAGAUGGCUGAAACUCACCAAUGCCUUGUCUGGCCUCUUCUGCGCCUCGAUAAACUUCAUCGAUGCUACCAAGACCAUACGCCCCGUCAUGUCCUUUGACCCGGAAGGUCAGCAUGGCAAUUCAUCCAACCUCCACCUGCUUCACGGCACCCUACCUCACGAAGUCGUCUGCACUGAGAACUUGACUCCCUUCUUGAAACUGCUACCCUGCAAGGGGAAGGCUGGUGUUUCCAGUCUUCUUGAUGGACAUAAGCUGUUUGAUGCUGCAUUCCAGACCAUGGCUGUAGAUGUUCGCCCUACAUGUAGCGAGGGUAGCUCCACUUGCUCUAUAGAGAUGGAGCAGAGUGUGGACAUGGUUCUGGACAUCGCCAGAGCGAAGCGCCCGAGAGACAAUCCGAUCCCGCGGCCUCUUCCCAUUGAACAAAUGGAAUGCGACACAUCCAAGCCCUACAAUGCGCAUGAUACUUGCUAUCCCCUUAACAAGGGCACUGAGCUUCCUUGGACCCUCGAGGAAGUUUUCGGAAGGCCGCUCCGGGGCGCCUGCCCGCUGAUAGAUGAGAACAUAGACGAUGCCCACAAUGUUUGUAUCAAUAUGCCGCCGGAACGCAUCAUGGAAGUAAAGACUGAAGGCCAGUUCACAGAGAGAAAGCUGGCAUCAGACACUCUCCGGUGCUUCGGGCUUCCUACAGGCCAGAGUUUUGACCUUGCUCUCCCUGAACAGAAGAUGAAGACAGGUUUGGUUCGCCCAGAUCCUCUUGUUUUUGCUGCAAGAUCUAUCAACGGCCAUGGCCAGGAGCGAGGUAGUAUCCAGGCAGUCAUCCGCAACCCAUCCAAACAACAAGCAGUCGAGGUCGUGUACCUCGAGUCUCUGCCCUGGUUCAUGAAGCCGUAUCUGCACACACUACGCGCUCACAUCGACACCACAGAUCAAACUCCCAUCAAAGAGACAUACUACCGACCAGCAGUUGACCGUAAACGAGGCACUCACCUCGAGCUACGCAUGGUUAUCCCACCUGACUCCACGCUCACUUUGACCUACGACUUUGAAAAGGCUAUUCUGCGGUACACAGAGUAUCCGCCAGAUGCGAACCGAGGCUUUGAUGUCGCUCCUGCUGUCAUUCGCGUGUUAUCUCCAUCUUCCGGUGAUAACAAGGGCAUCUACGUCCGCACAACCUCGUUGCUUCUUCCCCUGCCAACCCCCGAUUUCAGUAUGCCGUACAACGUCAUCAUCCUCACCAGUACAGUCAUGGCAUUGGGCUUUGGAAACAUUUUCAAUCUGCUCGUCAGGCGCUUUGUGGGCGUUGAUGAGGUGCCAGCCACGGGUGUGGGUGGCCUAAAAGGCAUCAUUCAGGGCAAGAUACUCAGACUAAAGGGUCUACUAGGUGUGAAAUAA